AUGCUGGUGCUGAUGCUGGUGCUGGUGCUGGUGCUGGUGCUGGUGCUGGUGCUGGUGCUGGUGCUGGUGCUGGUGCUGGUGCUGGUGCUGGUGCUGGUGCUGGUGCUGGUGCUGGUGCUGGUGCUGGUGCUGGUGCUGGUGCUGGUGCUGGUGCUGGUGCUGGUGCUGGUGCUGGUGCUGGUGCUGGUGCUGGUGCUGGUGCUGGUGCUGGUGCUGGUGCUGGUGCUGGUGCUGGUGCUGGUGCUGGUGCUGGUGCUGGUGCUGGUGCUGGUGCUGGUGCUGGUGCUGGUGCUGGUGCUGGUGCUGGUGCUGGUGCUGGUGCUGAAGUGGGAACCGGCUAGGUUGAGAAAAAUGCCACUGCCAGCGCUCGGCACUCUACUUACCAACACCAUGCAUCUCUGGCUCCGCAGUGAAGUCAAGGCCAACGAACACCGCACGGCCCUCACCCCCGAGGCCUGCAAGGAGCUUCUCGGCGAAGGCUACACCAUCACCGUUGAACGCUCGCCUGAAGCCAGCACCAAGCGCAUCUACGAGGACAGUGACUAUGAAGCUGUGGGCUGCCAACUGGCUGAGAGCCAGAGCUGGCCCUCGGCUCCAAAGGAUGCCAUCAUUGUGGGUCUGAAGGAGCUGCCCGAGGAUGGCUCGCCUCUUGAGCACACCCACCUCUACUUUGGUCACUGCUACAAGAACCAGGGAGGCUGGAAGGAUCUUCUCAAGCGCUUCCAUGCCGGCAAUGGCAGCCUUCUCGACAUGGAGUUUCUCACCAAUGACCAAGGCCGUCGCGUUGCCGCAUUUGGCUACAUGGCCGGAUUCGCCGGAUCCUUUUCCGCCUUGGACGUCUGGUGCCACCGCAAGCUCGAGGGUGACAAGCCCUACGGUGCCUUGUCGGCCUAUCCCAACGAGGAUGAGCUCCUCAAGUACAGCCGCGCACGAAUCGAGGCUGCCGCGGCUAAGAAUGAUGGCCGCCUUCCCCGUGUUCUCGUCAUUGGCGCGCUUGGUCGUUGCGGCAACGGUGCCUGUGACUUUGCCACUCGUGCCGGCAUUCCUGAAGCCAACGUGCUGCGGUGGGACAUGGCCGAGACCAAGGUCGGCGGUCCUUUCAACGAGCUGCUUGAUGUGGACAUUUUCGUCAACUGCAUCUACCUCUCACAGCCCAUCCCACCCUUUAUCACCGAGGCCAUGCUCGAGAAGGAGGAUCGCGCUCUCUCGGUGGUGUGCGACGUUUCUUGUGAUACCUCCAACCCCCACAACCCCAUCCCUUUUGCCAACAAGAGCACCACCUUUGACGAGCCCACUUAUCAAGUCAAGCCCAAGGUGGGCGGCCCUGUGGAUGUGAUCACCAUUGAUCACCUGCCCACGCUUUUGCCCAAGGAGUCCUCGGACCGCUACUGCCAUGAUCUGCUUCCCUCGAUUCGCGAGCUCAAGAACAUGGAUAGCAACCCAGUCUGGCAGCGCGCCAUCAAGCUGUUCGAGGAGAAGAAGGCACUGGCCCUCGCCUAA